AGUGCUGCCGAAGACACGGAGCGACUGAAGGACCCGCCGCUGCCACAGACUCAGAGCACCGCCCAGUGAGUACAAGCGCUCCCCCACUUUGCCCCAGGCCCCCUGAAUCCUCUGGGCGGCCCUGCUUGGCUCCCUGCGAUGGCGGUGCGCGUACUCACCGAGAGCGCUUGUAUCCAUCUACAGUGAUGUGCCCCAUGGGUAGGUGCCAGUUGCCACUGGGAAGUUUUGGCCAUGCAGGAUGGGGCCAAUAUAAGUCACACAGGGUGAGGUGGGAACAUGGAGUCAAGUUCCCAGUGUGUCACUGCCCAGACACACACAGCGAGAGACAGUCCCUGCCCCAGCUGAGAUCAGGGCCCCGUUGUGCCAGGCGCUGCACAAACACACAGGGAGAGACAGUCCCUGCCUCAAAAAUCUGCCAAUCUAAAUAGACAACACCAGAUUAUUAUCCCAAUUUCACAUGUAAGGAACUGAGGCCCAAGAGGAUGAAGUGACUUAUCCGUGGUUACACAGAAAGUCUGUGGCAGAGCCAAGAAUUGAACCCUGGUCUUUUCACUCUCUGCCUUUCCUCCACAGCCACCCUGCCUUGAGUGGUGGCUGCUAGAAAAUAGUUUAAAAAAUGAACAACAACCUCUUCUUCUCCCUGGAAAUUCAGGUUCCAGCUCCCCUACGUUUCCCUGGAGACUAUGUAAAAUGCCGGAGAACUGGUAGGAUUAUGAUGAUACCAGGGAGUCCAUACAAGGGAAACCUGAUUCAUCAAGACAAGAAGAGAUUCUCUCUUGAAAACGCCUAGUUGUUUAUUUGUUAACUCCAACACUUGGGAGAAAAGCAGUCUGCGUUAAAGACUCACUAGCUCCGCUUCUUCCAUUAGCCCUGUGUCGUGACGUGCCUGGAUUGUCCUAAUCCACCCCGGUUCAUCUCAUAACUGCAAGAUUGCUGGAUGCCCCACCCCAGCUCCCUUUAGGCUGAGAGCCGGUGUGAAUGUGAACAACAGCAGAGGACAGAAACAGUGUGAGAACUUUCCGUUCAGUAGAGGUGUGAUAACAUCUUGGGUGCAAGGUGUCUAGAGCUCUGUUAACCACACGCUUGUUUGCUGUCUGGUUUUGCUAAAACCCUGGCCAUGUUUCCCUUGACUCACCCCUCCCAACACCGUCUGGCUCACAAAACCCAUGUUCACUGACCUCACAGAUGUUAUCCACAUAACAGGAUCGGCCGCCCCCUGCGUACCCUCUCACGGCCAGGUGUGACGCCUCGGUGCCCUGCCUCAGUUUCCCCUCGUGGGCCCUCAAUACAUUCCAACAGUCCACAAGUCCAAUCAAAGCCCUUCUUGGGGUACCAUAAAUUCCAAAACAAACAAGAAAAGGUCUUCCGGCCCAGCCUUAAGCUGGGCCUAGACCCUAGACCUCCUCCCUGAGUGUUCUCUGGGCAGCUGGCGGAGACGUAAGGCCUGGUCUGCCUUCUCCCCAACAGAAACCAAAACUUUCAGCUGGGUUUUUCUAUCCAACCACAACACCCUUCCUCCGGGACCACUGCAGCAGGCUUCACUUCUUUUCCUCUCUGGCUGUUUCUAGAGACCAGCUACCCUCUCUGGGUACCUCUACCCUGCAAGAAAAGCCCUGCAGCAUAGCCGCGGCUGGCCCAGAUCACCUGACUUGUGUGUUUCUUUAAUGCCUUUAUUACUGAUUCCUAGCAGCACCCACUCCGUGCUUGGAAGUUUCCAAGAAGCGGGGAGAGGGAGUUCAGGAUUAGAGAUGAUUUAAAAACAAACAAAGAGAAUUUCCAUCCCAUGGGAAAUUCCCAUAUUUUGAGAUUUUUGUUUCAUCCCAAAUUGUGACAGAAAGUCAAGAGACUGAUAUUUUUCUAGGAGCAAAACGUUCCAAAACAUUUUUGGUUUGGGAAAAUGUCAAUGAAAAUGACAUUAUUUUUUAGAUUUUUUGGUGACAUUUUCAGUGGAAAACUUUGACUUGUUGAAAACAAAACAUUUUCAGAGAAAAUCUGGGGGGUGGGAAUCAGUGUUUGGUUUUCCGAUGGAAAAAUCAAAUAUUUCUGAGGCCAGCAGAAACUUUCUGUGGAAAUGGGCAUUUAGCCAAAACACGCCAAUUGUCCAUCCAAAAAACAUUGUUGGAAAAUUUCCCACCAGCCCUACUUUCAAGCCCAUUUCUGGACUGUUGGACAUGAAAAAACAAGACGAACGUUAAGAGCUGACGGCUGUGAGUGGCCGUCUCGCUGGGUCUGGUUUUAUUACCAUUUAUUCCUUGAACGCAGACUAAAGCCGUGGGAAACAAGCGGUGAUCCCAGACACAAGACUGUCUGUGCAUUGGCUCUGUAUGGUGCUCGAAGCUGGGUUCUACUACCUAACUGAGGUAGGAUCCCCACUGAUUUUCAUUACACUUGGGCACCUACCUCCAUUAGAGACCUCUGCAAGGGCAGCCUAGAGCACAGUUGUGUUGGGGGAGAAAGUACAAUAUAUUUAAGCCAUUCCCCUAAGCCCACACAGUAAGGAGGGGGAUGGGACUUCAAUCGAGACAUUUCCUGGUUUGAGGGGAUGUUGGCCAUUUUAGCCCACACAUAAGCUACCAUUACACAGUACAACCCCGCUCAUCUCCUCCGGUGACAGCCAUGGCUGGGGAAACAGUCUAUGCUUAUUUAAACAUCCCUGGAGAUCCUUCCUCCAGAGGCAAAGUGGCUCCAUCUCAGCAUCACAAUCCCCCGCGGUGCCCGUACUGGCAUUGGCUGGCUCUGGGCCUCACAUUGGCUGGGAACGUCGUGCUGCUGGGAGUGGUGACGGCGCUGGCUGCUCGGGGUCCCCUGAUCCCAUCGCCCAUCGGAGCCGACCCAAAAACGAUGGGGAACGAAACCGCAGCUCAGCCCAGUCCUAAAGGAAGAGGAUGCAGCGACUUGGAGGAGUUCCGCUCUCACCUGCGGCAACAUUUGUGUUAUACACAAAACAACCAGUCAGCAGAGGGUUCCAGCUGCAAACUCUGCCCCAAGGACUGGCUGCUGCAUGGGAACAAGUGUUACUGGUUUUCUACAGCGAUUAAAAGCUGGGAGUGGAGCUGUGACGACUGUUUAAUGAAGAGAGCACAACUGCUAGUGAUCCAUGACCGGGAGGAGAUGGCGUCCAUAGGGAAUAUUACACGGGACCAACAUCAGGUGUGGAUUGGACUUAACAUCACAUCCCCAGAGAGGAUGUGGACCUGGCAGGACGGAUCCCCGUUAAAUCAAACACUGUUACCAAUUUCGGAUCCUGAGAAAGAGAACAACUGUGGCUCUGUGAAGAAAAACAAGAUCCUUUCUGAAAUCUGCCAAACUGAGUUGAAAUGGAUUUGCCAGAAAGCAGCUGUCCUAGUUUAAGGAGGAGUCUGGUGGCACCUUAAAGACUAACUGAUUUAUUUGUUAGUCUUUAAGGUGCCACCAGACUCCUUGUUGUUUUUGUGGAUACAGACUAACACGGCUACCGCCUGAUACUAGUUUAAGGAGACGGAUUUGUGAGCUCUGUUUGCACAGGAGGAAUGUAAAAAGCUCUGUGUGUUUCAUCGUUAUUUCAGCUAUUAAAAACGACGGGUGAGAUGCUCAGCUGGUGUACAUAGUAUA